AUGGAUGCGCCGCGCCCCGCCGUGCCGAGCAGCCGCCCGGCCCCGCCAGCCGCGCCGCCCCCCGCCGUCGUUGAGGUCCAGUCUGGCCCACGCCUGGGGCGGCGGGGCAGCUCCGGGAACGCCUCGUGCAAGCUGGCCCCGCUCGGGCCGCUCGAGGCGGCCCGCAAGAGGAGCCUGUCGCUGUCCCCAGUCCUCGGAGGCGGAGAGGUCUCGGCCUCUGGUGGCCUCGGCGCGCCCACGACGCCCUCGCUGAGGAGGGCUCCCCCCAAGCACUGGCUGCCGAAGGUCUCCUCCACGGGGGCGCUGCGCCUGGAGCCCCUGCGCAGGCGCAGGUCCGCGGGCGGCUUCGAGGCGAAGCCGUCCCAGGCCCAGAGGAGCCUCGCCAGCGCCUGCCGGCGCUACAGCCUCGGCCCCCUCCCGGACGGGGCCGCGCUGCAGGCCGCGCCGCUGGAGCGGCGGCCCUCCCUGCAGCUCCAGGACCUGGGCGGCCAGCGCCUCGACCUCGGCCUGCCGUCGCCCGGCCCGCCGUCGCCGGCGGCGUCGCGCUCGUGCUCGCCCAGCAGCGUGGGCGGGCGGAGCUGCGGGCCGCUGCCGCGCCCGGCCACGGGCGCGCAGCGCGGCGGCUCGCCCCGGCAGGCCUUCCUGGGCUUCCUGAAGCUGCGGCGCGCCUCCCUGGUCGUCUCCGCGCUGGUGCCGCGGGGGCCCGGCCUGGGGCAGCAGGAGCAGGAGGACGUCGGCUGCGGCCCGGACGAGGCGUGCAGCGAGGAGCACAGCCCCUCGAAGCGCGAGAGCAGCCCGCACGCGUCCAUGAGCGGGGACACCCGGGUGCCCGAAGACGCGGAGGUGCAGGUGCCCUACGCGGCCACGCUGCUCGAGGUCUACUCUGGCUGCGCGGACGAUGGGAUGGAGGUGCACGACAGGUUCCUGCGCCUGGCCUUCAGGCGCUUCGAGAUCGGCGGAGCCAGCGAGGUCGCGCGCGAGCGCCUGCACGACGCUCUCAUCCACAUGGGUUUCUUGACCAGCACGGAGGCACGCGCCGUCGACCUGGCCACGCAGUCCUUCGAGUUCCAGAACCUGGACUACGUGGACUUCUGCGAGUACGUGAACAACUUCGCCGCCCUCGAGCGCGCCGCCGUCCGCCAGCGCGCGGACGUGUGCCUGGCGGAGCACGGCGGCGCGGCGUCGCUGGAGGGGGUGCAGCGGUUCUUGCAGUUUGCGGGCGUGUGCCUCCCGUACAGCCACGUGGAGAAGGCGCGGAAGGCCGCGGGGCUAGACCACAUGAGGCCGGAGGACAUGGGGAUGGAUGACCUCUUGCUGACGCUGGCCGCGUGCAAGAUGGAGGAGGGCUUCACCAGGGAGGAGGUGGCGGCCGCUCACGAGAUCUUCGGCGAGCUGGAGCAAGAGCAGCAAGCAUCUUCGAGCGCUUGGGGCCCCAUGGCAAAGGCCUCUGCCCUCGUUGAGGGCCUGCUCAAGUUCACAGGCCUGUACUGCGUGGACUACAUGGAGAUGUUCUCGGACAUCAUGCCCUCCGACUCCACAGAGCAGGGUAUAUGCUUUCACGAGUUUUUGAUCUGGGCACGCCGGCUGCGCGACGCCAUGAUCAAGGAUCUGUGGAAGUGCUUCGAAGGUUUCGAAGCAAGUGGUUGCGGCGCAGUGCAGCUGGACAUUGCCGUCAGCAUCGUGAAAAAGUUUGGCAUUUCCCUACUCGCGGACGCUGUAGAUGAACUUCUGUCCGACCUCGGGAUGCAGAAGGACGCUACUUUGGACUUUCACGCGCUGGUGCAGUUUCUGGCCGCUGCCAGGAGGACGCACGGCUUCUCGCGCACUGAGCGGCAGGAGCUCAGCUCUGCCUUCGAGAGUUUCGACUACGAAGGAACGGGUGAGCUGAACCACCCCCAGGUGCUCGACCUGCUCCGGCACCUUGGAAACACGACCAGCUUCGAGGAGGCAAACUCCAUGAUCAAUCGUGUUGACUUCAACGCGAACGGCUCCAUGGACAUCGACGAGUUCCUGAGGCUGAUGAGGCUGAUGCGCGAGCAGGACGUCGAGUGCGCUCUCAGGGUCUUCAACGGGCUGAGCAACCGCAAUGGUCGGCUUCCCGCGGGGUCAGUUAAGGACGCUCUUGCCAAGCUGCAGCUCUUCCCACAGAUUGCCAUGAUCGCGGAGCUCUUGCAGGACAUGCCGGCAGAGCUGAGCUUUACUUCCUUCAUGCGCCUCCACGACCAGUGCCGCUUCCGCAUGAACUUCGACUUCCGGAAGCGCGGAGGCUUCUCAGAGGACACCGUAUUGGAGAUAGCGGAGCUUUGGAACUGCGGCGGGCCUUCGAGGCAGUUCGCCACCGUCGGCGAGCUCCUCUGGAUGCUUUCCGACUCGUACAUGGUCCCCGUGAGUACGAGUGAGGGUCGGGACAAGUUGCUGCGGCGCGUGCAGGCCGCGCGGGAGGCGGCAGUCGACGCUGGGGUCCCCGAGGAGGAGGUGUCGCGCGGAGGCACCACGGACAUCGGCUUCUACACAUUCGUGCACAUGAUUCGCGGCAUGACGCGGGAGACGGAGCAGGAGGUCCACACUCGCGAGAAGGAGGCCGUGGCCUUUGCCCAGUUCUCGACCAGCGAGGCCGCCGAGUUCCGCCGCAUCUUUUGUGAUUACGCCGAGCGGGACUCUGGUCGAGCGACUUGGAAUCAGCUGGUGGCUAGGAAGAGGCAGUGUGUGGACAAGCUCCUUGCGCGACUCACGAAGGUGCCUGCCAUCUCGGAGCUGGAACUGCCCAUCCUGCUGAAGUCCAUCGGGGUGAAGGUGCCUAGCAGCAAGCUGCAGGAACUCAAGCAGUUCCUGGCGGAGAACAGGAGCCGGGUCGAGGCAGAGAAGAAUACGAUCCAGUUUGCGACGUUCUUGAGGCUUUUGCGGUGGAUGCUCGACACGGAUUUUGCAGGCAUUUGCAGCGUGAUGGACGUGCCAAGAAGUAAACCGAGAGGGACCCCGGUGGAGCCAGGGGGCCCAUGA